AUGCCACGCUACACCUCCAGCAGCCAGCAGAGGGCAGUAGCAGUGUACAGUGAGCGCUGCCAUUCAGGAAAACUCAGUUACCCAGAAUUCUCCAGGCUGAUUAACCUGGAUUUCCUGCACCUGCAAGUGCUGAUUUCACUUAUACCAGUGGCCCAUGCUCAAGGGAGUCCUAAAGCUGUGGUGUCCAUAACGCCUGAUACACAUGUGUUCACUGGAGAGCGUGUUACUCUCAGAUGUGACAUACAGGGAGGAGGAGACACUCAGUGGACAUACAGCUGGUAUAAAAAUAACAGACUCACAGACAGCACAGUGCAGGAGAUCAGAAUCUGGUCUGUUGCAUACGGUCACCAUGGUGACUACACCUGCAGAGGACAGAGGAGUGACUCUCAGAGCUCAGAGAUCAGUGAUGCUGUUACACUGACUGUAUCAGAAAAACCCAAACCGACUGUGAGAGUGAAUCCUCAGAGCUCCGUCUACACUGGAGACAACAUCACUCUGACCUGUGAGCUGCAGCAGUCGACUGGAUGGAAGUUUCAAUGGUAUAAAAAUAAUCAGCAGUUACAGCCUUUGAGCACUGAACAAACAUACACACUCAAAGUGACAGACAAUAAUGAAGGAGAAACAGAGUACAAGUGUCGUGCAUGCAGGAUAAACUACUACACAGGGUUCUACUACUGCACACAGCGCAGUGAUCCUGUCAGGAUUACAGAGAGAGGUGAAUCUCCUCCAGUCUCUCUGAUCAUCAAUCCCAGCAGAACUCAACACUUUACUAAUGACUCUCUCUCACUGAGCUGUGAGGACCAGAGUAAAUCUACUGGAUGGAGAGUGAGACGAUACACACACAGUGAGAGAGUGUUAGAUUGUUCAAGGGGAUCAAUUACAGGAUCUACAUGUAAAAUCAGCUCCCUCUCCACAUCCUACACUGGAGUUUACUGGUGUGAGUCUGAAUCUGGAGAAAACAGUAAUCCUGUCAACAUCACAGUGCAUGAUGGUGAUGUGAUCCUGGAGAGUCCUGUCCAUCCUGUGACUGAGGGACAUCCUCUGACUCUACGCUGUUUAUAUCGAUACCCAAAGUCCUCAAACCUGCGAGCUGAUUUCUAUAAAGAUGGAUCAGUUCUCCAGACACAGACUACAGGAGAGAUGAUCAUCCGAACUGUCUCAAAGUCAGAUGAAGGUUUCUACCACUGUAAACACCCAGAGAGAGGAGAGUCACUGAAAAGCUGGGUCUCAGUCAGAGCGUCAGGUCCAUCAGGUGUAGAAGCUCCAUUCUCAGUGCUCAUGCUGAUCAGUAGUGUAGUGACGGCCUCUCCGUAUCUGCUGGUGACCAUCAUUCUGCUGGUCAAAUGUUACAGAGCUCGAGCUCACACUGAUGAAGAGAGGAUUGAGAAUGCAGUCAUAGAGGAGUGAGCAAAGUUCAUCUGUAAAAAGAGGAUGCAUUUACUGUCAAAUAAUUUAAUCAUUUCUUGUUCUUUAAUGCUUUGUGGGAUUUUAAAAUAAUACUGAUUUGUCAUUUUAAUGCCAUGCUGUUAUUUGCUCAGCAUCUUAUAGACACCUUCAUUGUUCUGACUGGAUUUGUUUAGCUGAAGCCUGCAAACCUCCUCAUGAGGUGAAAGUUACCAUGUGUGUAUCUCCAAUAACGCUUACAUGCUGCUAAUGCAAUGCAGAGUAAAAAAUGAACAAAGACUCUUAUAAAAAUAUUAAUCAAGGGGAAAUGUUGAUGCAGAGAGUGUAUAUGGUUUAAAUUGCGUUAUUUCAGAAUGAAAAUGUGCAGUGUAAUGUUUUCCGGUGUAGGUUGUAUUUUCUGUAAGCUGACUACAGUCAGAGCGGUUGGUGAAAAGCCCAGUGUUACUGGAGUUAAAGUAAGUUAAGCUUUGUAUGGAUGCGAUAUAAAAACAAGGUCAUUGACUGUUAUCUGAAACAUGGUGGGAACUAAUAUUGUGUUUUGUGUCUUCUCAGUAUUAGUUCUACCACUACUGUAUUUGUACUGCUGUGUUUUCUUCUAUUUCUUUGUGAGAUUAGCUCUAGUUGGAUUACAAGGAGUAGAUUUACAAUCUCAGUUACACACUGUUAGAUUUGUUCGACUUUUCAGCUGUGUGAACUUUAAUUGUAGUUGUGUGAGGAGAUUUGUGGAUGAAACGAUUUGAUCAAUUCAAUAAAUGCAUCAUUAUCAGUUCACUGAAUUAUUUAACCUGGUAGCAAUAAUGUAUCGUAUGAAGUACAAGUAAUACUCUGAGAAAACUCUUGUGCCUUUGUCAAUAUCAGCAUUUUUACCAUUUUGUAUUUUUAUACAAUGAUGUACUUUUCAUUGUCUUAUAUUGUCUCUUGUCUCCUGCUGUAAGAUUGUAAUUUCCCACAUGGGAUUAAUAAAGUGUUAUCUUAAAAGCAGAAACUGGAUCCUGCA